AUGAAUGCUCCCGAUCGAUACGAGCGAUUCGUCGUUCCUGAAGGCACCAAAAAGGUUUCUUAUGAGAGGGACACGAAGAUCAUCAACGCUGCUUCCUUCACGAUUGAGAGAGAAGACCAUACCAUUGGCAACAUCGUCCGCAUGCAACUUCACCGUGACGAGAAUGUAUUGUUUGCUGGAUACCAACUUCCUCAUCCUCUCAAGUACAAAAUCAUAGUCAGGAUUCACACCACAAGCCAGUCUUCCCCAAUGCAAGCAUACAAUCAGGCUAUCAAUGACCUUGACAAAGAGCUUGACUUUCUCAAGAGCCAAUUUGAGGCAGAGGUGACCAGGUUCUCAACUCCCUACUAA